AGAGAGAGAGAGAGAGAGAUGAAGCUAUCAGCAUUGCACCAGAGCCACAACGCCCGCCGCACCAACAGACCAUCCCCACCGGACCCCUCCGUAGAUGCCGCCACACUCAAGUCUCCCUCCUCUAUCCUCUGGCUCCUCUUCCACUUCCUCUGCUGCCUCAUCUCCCUCCUCCUCGGCUUCCGCUUCUCCCGCCUUCUCUCCCUCCUCCUCCUCUCCUCCUCCCCAAACGACGCCGUCCGCCAAACCCUAACCCUCCACUCCCCCGCAAACCUCACCUUCUCCCCCACCAACAGCCGAGUCGUCGUGGGCCGCCACGGCAUCCUCAUCCGCCCCUGGCCCCACCCAGACCCGGCCGAGGUCAUGCGUGCCCACCGGAUAAUCGACUGGGUUCAGGCCGAGCAGAGGGUUCAGUACGGGGUUAGAAACCCUAGGACUGUGAUCGCGAUCACGCCAACGUAUGUAAGGACUUUCCAGGCCCUGCAUUUGAGUGGAGUGAUGCAUUCUUUGAUGAAUUUGGGUUAUUAUGAUGUGGUGUGGAUUGUAGUUGAAGCGGGCGGGACCACCAACGAGACGGCGUCAUUGGUGGCCAAGUCGGGGCUUCGGGUUGUUCAUGUUGGGUUUGAGGAGAGGAUGCCGGGCUCGUGGGAGGGGCGGCUUCGAGUGGAGGAUCAGAUGCGGAUUUGCGCAUUGAGAGUUGUGAGAGACCAGAAGAUGGAUGGAAUUGUGAUGUUUGCGGAUGAUAGUAAUAUGCAUAGUAUGGAGCUCUUUGAUGAGAUCCAAAAGGUGAAAUGGAUUGGUGCUGUUUCGGUUGGCAUUCUUGCUCAUUCGGGCAAUUCAGCUGAAGAGUUGUCAGUAGUUCAAAAGGAGGAGGAUGUGGAGAACUCACCUAUGCCUCUUGUAGGCCCGGCCUGUAAUUCAUCUGACCAAUUAGUCAGUUGGCACACCUUUAAUUCUAUGCCAUAUGUUGGGAAAAGCGCGAAAGAUAUUGGUGACAUGGGAAUUGUGUUGCCCAGGAAGCUGGAGUGGGCUGGGUUUGUGUUGAAUUCCAGGUUGUUCUGGGAUGAAAUUGAAGACAAACCCGAGUUGGGUAAGGAUCUAGACACAGUUUCUGGGACUGGAGACGAAAUUGAGAGUCCAAUAUCUCUGCUGAAAGACCCUUCAGUAGUGGAGCCUCUGGGCAGUUGUGGGCGCCAAGUCUUGCUUUGGUGGCUCCGUGUUGAAGCUCGUUCAGAUAGUAAAUUUCCUUCCAGAUGGAUCAUUGACUCCCCAUUGGAGGUCACCGUCCCAGCAAAACGCACACCAUGGCCAGAUGCUCCUCUUGAACUUCCAUCGCAUGAUACGAUGGAAAGCAUUGAGGAAAACACUGAGAAACAAACUAUGAAAACUCGAGCACAUGCAACGAAACGCAGCUCCAGAAGUAAGAGAAAGCGUGAAGCAAGAGUAGUAGAUACACAGGUCAGGCAUUCUGGGGAAAAGUAAAACCUUGUUACCUAAAAGUACACAGUUAUGUGAAAUAGGGCCCCUUCUGUGCCCCUUUGUCAACAAAUUCAUCUAAAGAUAAAGGAGAUAUUUUUAUGGAGUACAGACAGGAAGGAUUCCGUUACAGUGGGGUAGUUGAUAUGCGCAUCUUGGUCACAUUUCUUCUUCCUGUAGGAUUCUCACUUUGGCGAUAUUUGAUCUCACAGAAACUUAUGUCAAAUGUCAACUGAAUCCUGCUGCGUCCGCUGCUUUCCAGGUUAUUUGUAUUCAAUGUUCCCAGUUUUAUACGUGAUGUUCAGAAUAGAAAGAGAAGAUUUGUUGUGAUGUAAAAUUGUCACAGAAACAACAAUUUGUUGUAAUAUAUGGUCACGGAGUAUUUCACAUUUUCAGCACAAGAAUGGUCUGUUGUAUUUUCUGCAGUGUAUUCCAGUUUGGCAAGUUUGAAACAAGCAAUGGGUUAAAUUUUCACC